AUGGAGUCCCGCCCACUCACCUGGGCGCUGGUGCUGCUGGGCACCGCUCUGGCGCUCGCGCCGGGCAAUGCGCCCGCUCCGGAAGCGCGGGAGAAGCUGUGCGGCCACCACUUCGUGCGCGCGCUGGUGCGGCUGUGCGGGGGCCCGCGCUGGUCCUCCGAAGACGGGCGGCGGGUGGCUGGCGGCGAGCGUGAGCUGCUUCAGUGGCUGGAAGGACAACAUCUCCACAGGCUGGUGGCCGAAGGGGACCCCAUGCUGGUUCUCAUGCCACAGCCCCUGCCCCAGGGCUCUCGCCAUCACCACCGCAGGCGGGCAGCCGCCACCAACCCUGCCCACCACUGCUGCGUCAGUGGCUGCACCCGGGGGGACCUGCUGACCCUGUGUCCGCACUGA